GGCAGUCACAGGCUUCCACAAGCCUCAGGUGCCCCAUUUGUUCAGUGGGGCAGUAGUGCCGUCAGCACAGGGGAAAUAGCAGCCUCCCGUCUGUAAUGCUGGUGAAAAGGCACUUUCUAAGUUGUCAGAGACUCCAUGGAUACUUAUUUUUGUGAUUGUUUUGUCUGGAGCCGGUGUGAUUAGCUUCCCUAGACCUCAGAAAACCUGUCCAAUGGGUGUGAGGGGGCAUUAGGUGGCUAAAUAGGGGACAUUAGUGGGGGACCCCUUCCUUAUAAGGGCCUGGCUCCCACUUCUCCCUCCUUAGACCCCGUUCCCCCCAGCUGAGGCAUGAGCUGGGCUGUACCAGGCACCAGGUGGAAGGGAGGCCACCAGGCUUUCACCCAGUCUAGCUCUGGGGACCCUGGGAAAAGGAGCUGGGAGGCUCUGCUCGUGCGCUGUGUGCCUGCCCGCCCACCCACCGCCUGCUGCAAAGCCCGGAGCCGCCGCUGGGAGAGGAAGUGCAUUCGGUUACCAAUCGGGUUAUUUUCAUAACGGCUGUCUCAGGCUGCGGGGAGGAGGGUGACAAGGGGGAGGGGGCAGAGGAGCAGCCACGGCCGCUCACUCUCCAAACUAGGACUUGCUCAGCAGAGGCCGGCGGCCCGGAGCUGGAGCCAGAGCCUGGCCUCGGGGACCCCAGCUCCCGCCUGCUUGCCCCACUCCUGCCUGCGCCCUGCCUUCCAGAUCAGGUCAAAAGGGGCCCCCAGCCCCUCCUUGCCUUCGGCUUCCUCCCUCUGUAUCUGGCUGGGUGGGUGUGGGGAGGGUGGGAUCGGGUGGACCCAAGCCCCACCAUCCAUCCCCAGGCGAGGGGCCUGCCGUGCCAGGUUCCUGAAGCUGAUGGAAAAGCGUCCUGCCAAGCUCCUGCGAGCCAGGGCAGACCCUGCCGGGUAAACAUUCACUGGCCUGGUGGCCUUCUUACCACCCAGCCUGGCCCACCUGCUCCCUGGGGUACAUUUUGUUGUUUUUGGCAAGUUCCCUGUGGUGAGUCUCAGCCUGGGAAGGCAGGACCCUGCCUCUCCAGCCCCCAGGCUGACCUGGGAGGGGCUGGCCUCCCUUCCAGCUUCCCCACCUCCUUCCCUCCCACCCAGGGUCUGUAGGAGCAGAGCUUCGGGGGCUCUGGGGAGACAGCUGCAGGUCCUUGCUCUAGGGCUGCCAGAGGUGGGGACACCAUGCACCAUGCCCAGUCUUCACAGAGCAGAAGGCGGACCAGGCCUUCCCCACGGCUUAGAGUGGGCACUCUGGCUGAAUCCCAUGGGGUGUCCUGUGAGAGCAACUCUGGGGACCAGACCUGGUGCCAGGUGCAGAGGGCAUUCCUUAUGGCACAAACGGAUACCCAGGUGGCACCUACAGCCGGCUGUGUUCCUCAUGCGGGGCUGGUGGCCACCCCAGACGCUCCUUCCCUUUCCGGACUCCCAGCCUCCCUGUGGGCAGACAAGCCCCAGGAGGCAGCAGUCACAGGCUCUGGUGUCUGUUGUGGGCACAUGCCCUGCCAGGCACCUGCUGUCUGCCAGGUAUCACCAGGUGCUCUCCCUCGGUCAUCACAUCCAGACCUCCUUUAUGCCAACCUUCUGAACUGGGUAGUGUAAGCCCCAUUUUGCAGAUGAGAAAAUUGAGGCUCAGAAAGAUUAGUGGAUCAGCCUAGGGCGGCAGUGGCAGAUUUGGGAUUCCAAAGCCCUUGAAACUAGCAUAGGGCAUGAGAUGGCCUGGGCUGGAGGUGGCCUGUCCGCUCUAGCAGUAGCCGAUAAAGCUCUCCAGCCUGCCCACCUCCAUGUCAGCCCCUGCAGCUUGGCUGCCCACAGCCGCUGUCCAGCAAGGGUGCGUGGCCAGACACCGCUGGUCUUGUCGCCUGACAUCCUCUGUCCUUUCCCAGGCCCUGUCCUUGUUGGGCCCCAGAGCCGGCCAGAGGUUAAUGGGGUCCCUGUGUCCUUUCCCAUCCUGUCCCUGUUGGUGUGACAGGCCCCCAGUCUGGAGACCAAGGGACAGCCAUUUUGCUGUGCUCUUGGGUUGAAGCCCUCUGGGUGACCUUUACACGUGCUGUGGUGAGUUGAGGUGACCGAGAGUACAAGUUGAGAAGCCGCUAUCAUGCAGAGCUGUGCUACAGGAGAGGCCCAGGCCCAGGAGAAACCCCAGCAAAGAUAGGAAGUGAGGAGUCAGGCUCUGGCUGACCAGGGGACAGAGGUUUCUAUGGAGACCAGAGGAACAGGAAGCAUAAGCCUUCAGGGAGGGGCACGGGAGCAGGAGGCAUGGGUGCCCAGCUGGAGGGCCUGUUAUAAAAUGUCAACUCAGCCAGUCUGACAGUCUUCCCAGACAAACAAGGAAACUGAGGUCUGUGCAGGGCAACCUGCACACAGUCACACAGCCCUGCCUGCCCCACUCUGCUGGGAGGGGCGGCCCCAUCGAUCGCUGAGGACACUCCUGGACAGAUGUGGACCUGGGCUGCCUGGCGGUGUGUGGGGCCAGGCACCACAGGAGCACCUGGCUGCCACCCUUGUCUCUCGAGGGGGUCCUGGCCCCUGUUGUCAGGGCAGGUCUGGGGCUGCAGGCCGGGCCCAGCUCUCACCGCUGCCCACGGGUGCAGCAGCACCUCCCCCCACUGACUGUGGCCUUUUGUUUUCUGGGUGACACUAGCAUCAGGCGCUGUGUCCGGGUGACUAAUCUCCUCCAGGCUGGGCAGCUGUCACAGGGCGGCCUGACCAGGCGGGCGGGGAAAGCCGACACCCUGGGGAGGGCUAGCAGGCUAGUGCCCUGACAGCAGGGGCAGCCGGACCUUCAGGCUUCUUUUCCCUGACACACAGCAGGCCCCAGGUUGGGAAGACCCAGCUUCAAGUCCCCACUGUGCCGCUGACUGGCUGUGGGACUGUGGCAUGUUAUUGUCCCUCUUGAAGCCUCAGUUUCCCCAUCUCUAGAAUGGAGCUUCGGGUCCUGCCUACCUCACAGGGCUGUGGUGAGGAUCACAUGAGGUGAUAAAGUCCUUAGCACAGGGCCUGUCACAUAGCAGGUGUUCAUUAUAAUUCCCUGCCUGGUUCCCUUCCCUACCCCGUCCCAGCCUCAUGGUCCAGGAGGAAGGAGCCUGCAGCCCACCCCAUUUCUGGGGCACAGGCUUUGCCGUUAGGUAGGCUCGGGCUUCAGCACUGGCUCCACGCUGGCUUGCCGUGGACUUAGGGCAGGUCACCUCUGCAUCAGUUUCCUCAUCAGGAACGCAGUGUGACAUGGUACCUGUUUCUUGGGGUUACGGUUUCUGAAAUGAUCUAAGUGUUUCCCAGGAGCUUAGCCCAGUGCCUGACACAUAGGGGCUCAGUAAAUGUCAGCCGUGACGCUAGUGAUUUAGGGGAGGCCCAGCACUCUCCACCCAUGCCUGCUGUCCUGCCUCUGCAGCUCCCUCCAGCCCAGGUCAUCUGCUUUGAGUGGGGCACUAUUUGGGGUCUAAGAGCACUGCCCUGACCUCCCUGUCAUCUGAGGCAGCUGGGUACUCCAAUAGGCAGGGACCAAGAGUUGAGCCAUGCAGAACUCUGCUUUCCCAGGCACCUCCGCCCUGUCCAUCUCUCCCUCAACACCCUGCACCUGCCUGAGGCUGCGCAAGACCCACGGGUCAGUAGCAAAUCAAGAGUGCGGUGCAUGGGAGAAGGUGCUAGAUGUGCGGCCUGGGCCUGAUUCUUUCAGCCCAUCAUCUCUGCCCUCAUCCUCCCUCCUGCCCACCGUGUGUCCAGGGCAUCACCCACCAUGCCUAACUAAUGCCAGCCUUCAGCGGGCCAGCCCUGGGCAGCACUGUCCCAGGGCUGUGACCUUAACCUCAGUGGCUGUCAGGGGCUAGGAUGCAUUCCCCACCAGUCUCUGCCCAGGAGAACACCCGCUGUGGAGCACAGGUGGCCUCUGGUACCUGGAGGCAUUGCCACCCUGAACCAUGCCAGGCGGGCUGCCCUUCCCCCUCUGUUAGGAGAGGUGAGGGCAUAGGAGCCAGAUGCUGGCUGUGAAGAAGGGAAGGGAGGGUGGAAGUGAGCUGGCAGAGGGAGCAGAGCAUGAGUUCAGGAUGGGUCCAGGGCGGUCCGGUCCAGGUGAGAGCUAGGAUGAGGCCCACGGCUCCUGCCUCCCUGCAGGAGGGAGCUCUGGGCUGGGCAGUGUUUGGAAUUGAGAGUAUUGGGGCUUCUAGCAUCAGCGCUGCAGAAGAAUGUGCAGUCAUAGGCUCCCUCAGCAGCAGAGCCAGAAGGGUUUCCAGCAUCACCCAGCACUUCACCCUGGGGUGUCUGUACGUUGCCCUUCAGAAAGGUGAGACAGAGAAGUUAAGCACCUUAUCAGCGCCUCAGAGACACAGGCACACACACCCGGAAUCCAGGAGGCUUUGCUUUUGGCCCAAGCCUAUUGUUUCGGCCCCUUGGGUGAAGAAGUCUGAGCAGUCCCUCUCCUGGGUGAGCCAGACAGCGGCUCUCCAGUUCCCUGACACCUAGUCUUCCCUGAGCCACACAUUAGACCCUCCCUACUUCCAGGAGUCACCCUCAGCCUGACCCCAAGGCUGGGGGCCGAGCGACUCCGGGGGUCCUGUCAGGGCUGAGUUCCUUUGCAGAGCCUCAUUUUGUUAUCAUAGCUUGGUUUGCGCCAUGUCCCAGGAGGGGACACCUAACCUGCCCCAUAUUGGUGGGAAAACAAAGGCCCAGCGAGUGGGCAUUCCUGCCUGGAGCCCCGCCAUCCGUCCGGGCAGACCGACUCCCACUUUUCCUUUUCUUUUCCAUCAGCUUCAGACGGGGCAGGUGGAGGCCUUUAGGCCUGGGGCUCUGUGGUCGAUGGUGCCGGGACAGGGGAAGAAGGGGUAGCCUGAAGCACCCAGCUACCCAGGACUCCAGGGCUCCCCAGGGUACAGUGGGGGAGAGCAUCAGCACCCCAACAGCUGUAAACAUGGGCUCCCCUGAGCACCCCUGGGACCCUCGAGCACCCCACACCUGGAGGUCAGAGGCUGUAGUGACCCCUCCCUCCCUCAGGGGUUCCGUCCCUCCUCAUGGGGCAGAGGCUUUGACUGGGCUCCGGACACAGGACAGACCAUGGCCUGGUCUAGCUCCUGAUGCCCCUGGUCUCUGUGCCCAACAGCCACCCGCCUGCCAUGGAGACCUUCUUUAGGAGACAUUUCCAGUGGAAGGCGCCAGGCCCCGGAGAGGGGCAGCGGCGGCCCAGCAGCGUGGGGCUGCCCACGGGCAAGGCUCGGCGUUGCUCCCCCGCCGGGCAGGCCUCCUCCUCACUGGCACAGCGGCGCCGCUCCAGUGCCCAGCCCCAGGGCUGCCUCCUGAGCUGCGGGGUGAGGGCCCGGGUUUCCAGCCGCCGGCGCUCCAGUACCGUGCCCUCUUCCUGCAACCCCCACCUCAUCGUGGAUAAGGUGCCCACUCCACAGCCUACCACUGUGGGGGCCCAGCUUCUGGGCGCACCCCUGCUGUUGGCCGGGCUUGUGGGCAUGAAUGAGGAGGAGGAGGAGAAGGGUGUCCAGGAGGAUGUGGCAGCUGGGGCAUCGAGCGCCACCCAGCCAGGCACCAAGACACCAGGGCCACCCCUAUUCCGGGGCGCCCGGCCACUGUUGCCCCUGCCCCGAUGCCUGCGCCGAGCCUCCUCCCACCUACUCCCCGCGGAUGCCGUAUAUGACCACGCUCUCUGGGGCCUGCACGGCUACUAUCGGCGCCUCAGCCAGCGGCGGCCCUCAGGCCAGCACCCUGCCCCUGGGGGCCGAAGAGCCUCAGGCACCACCGCCAGCACCAUGCUGCCCACCCGUGUGCGCCCACUCUCCCGCAGGCGCCAGGUAGCCCUACGGCGCAAGGCGGCUGCACCCCAGUCCUGGAGCGCCCUGCUCGCGAAAGCCAUCACCAAGUCCGGCCUCCAGCACCUGGCUCCCCCUCCGCCCGCCCCUGGGGCCCCGUGCAGCGAGUCAGAGUGGCAGAUCCGGAGCACAGUGGACUGGAGCGAGUCAGCAACAUAUGGAGAGCACAUCUGGUUCGAGACCAACGUGUCAGGGGACUUCUGCUACGUGGGGGAGCAGUACUGUGUAGCCAGGAUGCUGCAGAAGUCAGUGUCUCGGAGAAAGUGCGCAGCCUGCAAGAUCGUGGUGCACACACCCUGCAUCGAGCAGCUGGAGAAGAUAAAUUUCCGCUGUAAGCCAUCCUUCCGUGAAUCAGGCUCCAGGAACGUCCGUGAGCCAACCUUCGUACGGCACCACUGGGUACACAGACGACGCCAGGACGGCAAGUGUCGGCACUGUGGGAAGGGUUUCCAGCAGAAGUUCACCUUCCACAGCAAGGAGAUUGUGGCCAUCAGUUGCUCGUGGUGCAAGCAGGCAUACCACAGCAAGGUGUCCUGCUUCAUGCUGCAGCAGAUCGAGGAGCCCUGCUCCCUGGGAGUCCACGCGGCCGUGGUCAUCCCGCCCACCUGGAUCCUCCGCGCCCGGAGGCCCCAGAAUACCCUGAAAGCAAGCAAGAAGAAGAAAAGGGCAUCCUUCAAGAGGAAGUCCAGCAAGAAAGGGCCUGAGGAGGGCCGCUGGAGACCCUUCAUCAUCAGGCCCACCCCUUCCCCCCUCAUGAAGCCCCUGCUGGUGUUUGUGAACCCCAAGAGUGGGGGCAACCAGGGCGCGAAGAUCAUCCAGUCUUUCCUCUGGUAUCUCAAUCCCCGACAAGUCUUCGACCUGAGCCAGGGAGGGCCCAGGGAGGCGCUGGAAAUGUACCGCAAAGUGCACAACCUGCGGAUCCUGGCAUGCGGGGGCGACGGCACGGUGGGCUGGAUCCUCUCCACCCUGGACCAGCUACGCCUGAAGCCGCCGCCCCCUGUCGCCAUCCUGCCUCUGGGUACUGGCAAUGACUUGGCCCGAACCCUCAACUGGGGUGGGGGCUACACAGACGAGCCCGUGUCCAAGAUCCUCUCCCAUGUGGAGGAGGGGAACGUGGUGCAGCUGGACCGCUGGGACCUCCACGUCGAGCCCAACCCGGAGGCAGGGCCUGAGGACCGAGAUGAAGCCGCCACUGACCGGUUGCCCCUGGACGUCUUCAACAACUACUUCAGCCUGGGCUUUGACGCCCACGUCACCCUGGAGUUCCAUGAGUCUCGAGAGGCCAACCCAGAAAAAUUCAACAGCCGCUUUCGGAAUAAGAUGUUCUAUGCUGGGACAGCCUUCUCUGACUUCCUCAUGGGCAGCUCCAAGGACUUGGCCAAGCACAUCCGGGUGGUGUGUGAUGGAACGGACUUGACUCCCAAGAUCCAGGACCUGAAACCCCAGUGUGUGGUUUUCCUGAACAUCCCCAGGUACUGUGCGGGCACCAUGCCCUGGGGCCACCCUGGGGAACACCACGACUUUGAGCCCCAGCGGCAUGACGACGGCUACCUUGAGGUCAUCGGCUUCACCAUGACGUCCUUGGCGGCACUGCAGGUGGGCGGGCACGGCGAGCGGCUGACGCAGUGCCGGGAGGUGGUGCUCACCACGUCCAAGGCCAUCCCCGUGCAGGUGGACGGUGAACCCUGCAAGCUCGCGGCCUCUCGCAUCCGCAUCGCCCUGCGCAACCAGGCCACCAUGGUGCAGAAGGCCAAGCGGCGGAGCGCCGCCCCCCUGCACAAUGACCAGCAGCCGGUGCCCGAGCAGCUGCGCAUCCAGGUGAGCCGAGUCAGCAUGCACGACUACGAGGCCCUGCACUACGACAAGGAGCAGCUCAAGGAGGCCUCUGUGCCGCUGGGCACUGUGGUGGUCCCAGGAGACAGUGACCUAGAGCUCUGCCGAGCCCACAUCGAGAGACUCCAGCAGGAGCCCGAUGGUGCUGCAGCCAGGUCCCCGACGUGCCAGAAACUGUCCCCCAAGUGGUGCUUCUUGGACGCCACCACUGCCAGCCGCUUCUACAGGAUUGACCGGGCCCAGGAGCACCUCAACUAUGUGACUGAGAUCGCACAGGAUGAGAUUUAUAUCCUGGACCCUGAGCUGCUGGGGGCAUCGGCCCGGCCUGACCUCCCAACCCCCACCUCCCCUCUCCCCACCUCACCCUGCUCACCCACGCCCCGGUCACUGCAAGGGGAUGCUGCCCCCCCUCAAGGUGAAGAGCUGAUUGAGGCCGCCAAGAGGAACGACUUCUGUAAGCUCCAGGAGCUGCACCGAGCUGGGGGCGACCUCAUGCACCGAGACGAGCGGAGCCGCACGCUCCUGCACCACGCGGUCAGCACCGGCAGCAAGGAGGUAGUCCGCUACCUGCUGGACCACGCACCCCCCGAGAUCCUCGAUGCUGUGGAGGAAAAUGGGGAGACCUGUCUGCACCAGGCAGCGGCUCUGGGCCAGCGCACCAUCUGCCACUACAUUGUGGAGGCCGGGGCCUCGCUCAUGAAGACGGACCAGCAGGGUGACACUCCCCGGCAGCGGGCUGAGAAGGCUCAGGACACCGAGCUGGCCGCCUACCUGGAGAACCGGCAGCACUAUCAGAUGAUCCAGAGGGAGGACCAGGAGACGGCUGUGUAGCGGGUUGCCCAUGGGCAGCAGGAGGGACAGCGGCCAGGGGACGAGCGCCCUCCUUGUCCAACUUACUGCCACAUUCCAGUGGGACGGUUACGGGGGGACCCAGGCCCCAGGGAAGGAGCCCCAUGCCGCCCCCUAAAGAGCUGCCCAGACCUAGGGCUGGACUCAGGAGCUGGGGCCUCAUCUGACCCCUUGAGGCCCCCGCCGGACACGGAGGCUCACAAGGGACCAGGACACGGCUGGGUUGGACAUGCCUUGUGGGGGUUCUGGGGCAGCGCGCUCCCUGGCCGCAGCAGAUGCCCUCCGAGGAUUGGAGGGUCUGGAGAGGGAGGGAGGCCUUCGGGAAGAGGCUUCCUGGGCCACCUGGUCUUUGGCUGGGCCCCCAGCCCCCGCUCCCGCCACACACCCCCUCCCCCGGGCUUCCUCCCGGAAGCUCAGCGCCUGCUGCAUUUGCCCGCCCUGUCCUGCUUGGCACCCGCUCCGGCGACCCUCCCCGCUCCCCCGUCUUUUCAACGCGGACUGUGCGGCCUGGGGGUGGGGGGCGGGAAUCUCGGUGACAUGUUUACAGCUGGGUGUGACUCAGUAAAGUGGAUUUUUCUUUUCU